AAGCUUGCAUGGCCACCUCCUCUGGAAAGGUUACCUUCCGCGACUCCUACGAGACGUGGUAUCAGGUGUAUGGUCAUCUGUCAACUGCCGACGUCCCUCCCUUGGUAUUUCUCCAUGGAGGCCCCGGCGUUCCUGGGCGCUAUCUGUUGACGAUCGGCGAUCUGUGGACAACCCACGGCAUUCCGGUCAUUUUCUAUGAUCAACUUGGUUGCGGCAAUUCAACUCAUCUGCCUGACAAGGGUGCGGAUUUCUGGACGGUCGAGCUGUUCUUAGAGGAGCUCGAUAACCUGCUCUCUAAGCUGGGGAUCAAGGACAGCUAUUUCCUUGGAGGUAACUCCUGGGGGGGCAUGCUGGCCGCUGAACAUGGUGUCCUCAAACCGAGUGGCUUGAAGAAGCUCGUUAUCGCCGACAGUCCGGCAUCCAUGGAGCUGUGGUUGCAAGCGGCUGACAAGUUACUUUCCGAGCUUCCGCCCGACAUCAGGCGUGCCAUCGAAGAAAACGAAACAAACGGUACCACGGAUAGCCAAGAAUACAAGGAUGCUUGCAACAUCUUCUAUGCACAGCAUGUCUGCCGGGUGCAGCCUUUUCCUCCAGAUGUUCAGAAAAGCUUCGAAUUAUUGGAACAGGACCCAACCGUCUAUCAUACCAUGAACGGACCAUCUGAGUUCAGUGUUGUGGGGACAUUGAAGACCUGGACCAUUGUCGACCGUGUCAAAGCCAUUGACGUACCCACCCUUCUGAUCAACGGGAAGUUUGACGAGGCCAUGGACCUGGUAGUGCAACCCUUCGCCGAUGGAAUUCGGGGCGCGAGGUGGAUCACAUUUCCGAACUCCAGCCAUAUGCCUCACCAGGAAGAGCGGGAAGAGUAUAUGAAGGUAGUAGGGCAAUUCUUGACAGAGUAGUGGAUCAGUGCCGUGCAUCUGAGACCCCCAAGGUGAAUCAAACGUAUUGAAGUGCC